GGGGACCCCCAGGGCUGGACCCAUGAGGAGUCAAAGAAGAUGCUCGGAGCCUGGGCGCCUCUGCUCUUCUUAGCCAUGUGGGUGAGAAACGCUACCAGUGGCCCACUCUCAUUCAGAAUAGCUGCCAUUCUUGAUGACCCGAUGGAGUGUAGCCGCGGGGAGCGAUUGGCCAUCACUCUGGCGAAAGACAGCAUCAACCGUUCCAGCAACCGCUCCACCACAGGCAAACUGGAGGUGGACAUUUUUGAGCUGCUCCGAGACAGUGAAUACGAGACAGGGGAAACUAUGUGCCAGAUCAUGUCCAAGGGGGUUGUGGCGGUCCUGGGCCCCUCUGCCAGCCCGGCAUCCAACUCCAUCAUCAGUAAUAUCUGCGGUGAGAAAGAGGUGCCAUACGUGAAGGUGGCUCCGGAGGACAUACUGAAAGUACAGUUUCCUCGCUUUACCACACUGGACCUCAGGCCAACUAAUACAGACAUCAGCAUGGCUGUAGCUGGACUGCUAACAUUCUUCAACAGCAGCACUUCAUGUCUCAUAUGUGCUCAGGCCGAUUGCCUAUUAAACCUGGAGGUGUUACUGCGACAGUUUCUCAUCUCCAAGGAAACCCUUUCUGUUCGCAUGCUGGAUGACAGCCAAGAUCCCACCCCCCUUCUCAAGGAGAUCCGUGAUGACAAGACUGCCACCAUCAUAGUGGAUGCCAAUGCCACCAUGUCUCACAUUAUUUUGGAAAGGGCCUCAGAGUUGGGGAUGCUGUCAGUGUACUACACCUACAUCCUGACUUCCUUGGAAUUCUCUAUGCUACAAUUGGACGAUUUAGCUGAUCAACGAGUCAACAUCGUUGGGUUUUCAGUCUUCAACAGAACACAUCCUUUCUUUCAGGACUUCGUCCUCAGCCUCAAUCGAUCCUGGCAGGAGAAUUGUGAUCAUGCUCCUUUUGCAGGAACACCACUUUCGUCAGCGCUGCUGUUUGAUGCAGUACACACGGUGGUGGCAGCCGUGCAGGAGCUGAACCGUAGCCAGAACGUAGGAGCCACUCAGCUCUCCUGCAAGUCCUCUAAGAUCUGGGAGCACGGCACAAGUCUGAUGAACUACCUGAGGAUGGUAGAGUUGGAAGGUCUAACAGGCCACAUUGAGUUCAACAGCAAAGGCCAGCGCUCGAACUAUGCCCUCCGGAUCAUGCAGAACAGCAGGGAUGGCCUAAGGCAGAUCGGUCAGUGGCAUUCAGAGCAGGGACUGUCCAUGGAGAGGAAGCUUCCAUCACUUAACGUGACAGACACACUAUUCAACACCACUCUCACCAUAACUACCAUCCUGGAGAAUCCAUAUGUAAUGCUGAGAGCCAAUCACCAGGAACUAGAAGGGAAUGAGCGUUACGAAGGCUUCUGCGUGGACAUGCUGAAGGAGUUGGCAGAUAUCCUGAAGUUCAAGUACCGCAUUCGGCUAGUUGGGGACGGCGUGUAUGGAGUGUCGGGCACCAAUGGCACCUGGACAGGCAUGGUGGGAGAGCUCAUCAGCAGGAAGGCUGACCUGGCUGUGGCCGCCCUGACCAUCACGGCUGAGAGGGAGAAGGUCAUUGAUUUCUCCAAACCCUUCAUGACUCUGGGGAUCAGCAUCAUGUACCGAGUGCACAUAGGAAGAAGACCGGGGUAUUUCUCCUUUUUGGAUCCGUUCUCUCCUGGGGUUUGGCUUUUCAUGUUGCUGGCAUACCUGGCAGUCAGCUGCGUGCUCUUUUUGGUGGCGAGGCUAACACCUUAUGAAUGGUACAACCCUCACCCCUGCCUGAAGGAGCGCUGUAGCCUGCUCAUUAACCAGUAUUCUCUGGGCAACAGUUUCUGGUUUCCUGUGGGCGGUUUCAUGCAGCAAGGCUCCACCAUCGCCCCAAGAGCCCUGUCCACACGCUGCGUCAGUGGAGUAUGGUGGGCCUUCACCUUGAUCAUCAUCUCUUCCUACACAGCCAACUUGGCGGCCUUUCUCACUGUGCAGAGGAUGGAGGUGCCCAUUGAGUCCGUGGACGAUUUGGCUGACCAAACAGCCAUCGAAUACGGCACCAUGCACGGCGGGUCCACCAUGACCUUCUUCCAGAACUCUCGCUACCAGACGUACCAGCGCAUGUGGAACUUCAUGUACUCCAAGCAGCCCAACGUGUUUGUGAAGAGUACUGAGGAGGGCAUCGCCCGAGUGCUCAACUCUAAUUACGCCUACCUGCUGGAGAGCACCAUGAACGAGUACUACCGCCAGCGCAACUGCAACCUCACCCAGAUCGGAGGCCUGCUGGACACCAAGGGCUAUGGUAUUGGCAUGCCUCUCGGCUCAGUCUACAGAGAUGAGUUUGACCUGGCCAUACUCAAGCUACAGGAGGAAAACCGCUUAGAGAUCCUGAAGAGGAAAUGGUGGGAUGGUGGCAAGUGUCCGAAAGAGGAGGAUCAUCGAGCGAAAGGUCUGGGCAUGGAGAACAUCGGUGGGAUCUUCGUGGUGCUUGUGUGUGGUCUUCUGGUGGCCAUCUUUAUGGCGGUGCUGGAGUUUGUGUGGAUGCUACAUCAUACGCCAGGAACAGAGCUGUCCAUGUGCGAGGAGAUGCUACGAGAGCUGCAGGGCAUCGUGCUGUGUCAGGACAGCCUGCAGUUACGGCGCAGACGUGGAGCCAGUGUGUUGCGACCGCAGCCUCUGCCCCUGGACGAGCGACGGGUGCGGGCGGCGGCAACGAACCUCAGCAAUGGCAAGCUGUGUACAGGCACCGGCCUGCCCGAACCCCUCUCCCACAGACUGGCGCAGGAGGCCACCCUGGUGGCACGAGGGUGCAGUCACAUUCGCAUCUGCCCAGAGUGCCGGCGCUUCCAGGGCAUUCGAGUGCGCCCGGCCGGCCCUCCAGGAGCAUCGCCCACCCACAGCGAGGGGAGUAUAGAAUGGGAGAAGGGCACCAACAACAGUGAACACGAAUAACCUCUCUGAUCUGUGUCAGAUAGACGUUAAACCUACGGCUUUGCUGGACCCAGAGAUUAUGGGAACAUAGACUCCGGAGAAGGAGCUAAAGGAGAAGCUGUCCAUGCUGCUCGAUUCAGCCCAGGAGCUGCGACUGGUUUCUGUACACUGUCCUGGCGGCCCUCUGCCUUCGGGGGACACAGCAGAGGGGCUUUGUACUAUGCAGUAUAUUUGUCUAAAUGUGCUGUUGAUUUAUUUUUAAAUUAUUCCUCUUUUGUUGUGAUACCACUAUAUUGCUAUUAUCUCCUUCUCACGACACCUGUUUAGUUUCGUUUUUCACACCGUAGAUGGCAGACGGCUGCAGACUCGAUCAACUAAGCGCAACCUUUUUUAGAGUGCCAAAAUACUUUGUAUUAAUUUUGUGCUGUUGCCGUCUCAUUCCAGCCCCUGAAGGAGUAACUAUUAAGGGAACUGAACACAAAAACAACUACGAUCUGUUUUUAUUAAUAGUUAUAUUCUAUUAAAAAGGUUUUUGGGAUGUUUCUGAAUGUUUGAUGUGCAUGUACGAGGGUUUUAGAUGCUACUGA